AUGACAAAAAUUGUGAUUGUAGGUGCUGGUAUCAUUGGAUUUUACACUGCGUUUUCUUUACUAGAGCGUGGGGUUGAUGCCAAAGAUAUAACAAUUGUUGCCGGCUAUUUACCGGGAGAUGAGUCUAUCAUGUAUACUUCACCUUAUGCUGGUGGAAAUUUCUCCUGUAUAACUGGUGACGACCCAGAUGUGUUGGAAUAUGAUCGAUUGACUUAUGUAAACCUCGCCAAAGUGCAAGAUGCAAUUGGUGGAAAGACAAAGGGGUUAGAUAGAUACAAGUCAACUGAAAUUUGGGAUUACAAGUUGACAAAGGAAAAGUAUGAUUCUUUAAGGAGCUAUUUACAAGAUUACCACGAGAUUGACAAGAGUGAAUUACCCAGUGGUGCUGCUUUUGGAAUUACUUUUCGUUCGUGGAAUUUCAACUGUCCUAAAUUCUUGAUGAGUUUUAAAACCUACUUGGAAAGUAAGGGGGUUCACAUUGUUAGGAAACAUUUAGAUCACAUUGUGCAAGCGUAUGGACAUGAUACUAAGCUCGUUUUCAACUGUACUGGAUUGGGUGCUAGGUCAUUGGGUGGAGUUGAAGAUAAGAACAUGUAUCCGGCUAGAGGCCAAGUUGUUGUGAUCAAAGCUCCCCAUAUCAUGGAGAACGUCAUGCGGUGGGGUAAUGGAGAUCCAACGUAUAUAAUCAAAAGACCCUACUCGCAUGAUCAAUUGAUUUUGGGUGGGUUUUUCCAAAAGGGUGAUUGGACUUCGGAUACGUUAAAGGAACAAAGUGAUGACAUAUUGAAGAGAACCACUCAGUUAUUCCCCAAGAUCUUAAACGAUAAUCCUCAUGGGAACAAGAUUGAAGAUUUGGAGGUUGUUAGAGUUGUUGCUGGAUUGCGUCCUGGACGGCACGGAGGUGUUAGAAUUGAAAAGGAGAGACUUGAUGAGGGGAAGGUGCUAGUGCAUAAUUAUGGUGCUAGUGGCUAUGGGUACCAAGCAGGGUUGGAAAGGCUUCGGAAAAACCAGAGAGCGUUGGAAAAGACUCAACGAGAGCUUACACGAGAAGUUACCAAAUUACAACAACAAGAAAAGAAAUUGAUAAGCGACAUCAAGAAAUCCGCCAAACAGGGGCAAAUAUCGAGUGCUAAAAUACAAGCCAAAGACUUGAUCAGGACCAAAUCAUACAUAAACAAGUUUAAUUCGAUGAAGGCGCAAUUGCAAGCUAUCUCAUUGAGGGUGCAAAGUGUGAGGUCAAACCAACAAAUGGCAAUGUCAAUGAGAGAUGCGACGAGAGUAUUGUCGGGAAUGAAUAGAUCUAUGAAUUUGCCGCAGUUGUCGAGAAUAGCUCAAGAGUUUGCCAAGGAGAAUGAUAUGAUGGAUCAGAAGCAAGACUUUAUGGAUGACGCCAUUGACGAUGCCAUGGCUAUGGAUGAGGAUGAAUUGGGCGAGGAAGAGCAAAUUGAUGAGAUAUUGGGCAAGGUGCUCGAUGAGAUUGGUGUUGAUUUGAACUCGAAUUUGAAAGAUACACCGACUGGAAUCAAUGCGGGUCAGGAAACAGUCAAUAAUGGCAGAAUUGCUGAGAGUAUUGGUGCUCAAGGUGAAAGUAGUAGCGGUGGUGGUGGUAGCCACUCUGGAGGCCCUUCAAACCCCGAUGAGGACGACUUACAGGCGAGAUUAGAUAGUUUAAAGAAGUGA